AGGCGUGUCGCGCAGGCGUCAAGACCCCCCUCGCUAACUCAGCUACAACGAAGUUUCAGACAUCCGAUUGGCCGAUUGGGACCGUCCAUGCGCGUGGUCAACUCAUAACUCUGAGGUGACUUGCUGAGAUGAGCCGGAGCCGGUCGCCAAUGCUGGCUAUCCUUUGUGUCUCCUGUGUGCUUUCUGAAAGUGCUUUGCUCGAAGUGGACAGUUCGGCAGAGUUGGUCUCCAGCUUGCCCUUUGUGCGAUUUGCACUCGCAGAGCACGAGAAAAAAGGAAGGAUCGAGCCCCACAUCCGUGGCGCGUUUCUGCAGACCCCAACGACUCGCUCUGGCGAAGCCGCCGCGGGCGGGCAGACAGAAGUGAAGAAUGCCACCAUGCAGUCUCCGGCUGCCGAGUCGGCUGAGGUGAAGCAGAUAGCUGUGGCACCUGCGGAUGCACAGGCAACUGUGGCGGCGGCUGAGUCGCUUCAACAACCAGCUGCGGCACAAGCUGCGCAGCCACUAACAAUGGUGAGUCAGCCAGCACAGCUCGCAGCCACUGAGCCAGUGGCUCCGGCCGCGCCAAACCAGACGCAGCAGGCAAAGCUUCCGGCGCCGAAGGCGGACGUCCAGAUGGCCGUGGUGCCAGUCACUGUAACGGCCAAAUCAGCGGCACCACAGGCGCUAGUGUCCCACUCGGGCACUGAUGCAGGUGCCACGGCUUCGAAGAAGAUGUCGCCUACCACCCAGGUAGCAGCCACCUUCAGUUUGGCUUUGAUCGUGAAAAUCCUGUGUAUGUUGAGCAAUGUGGCCUGCCAUGUCUCACCACUGCCGCAGGUGCAACAGUUCCACAAGCUGGGCGAUACCGGUGAAGCGGACUCUGCACCUUUGAUGAGCAUCCUCUACAGCGGUUCUCAGUGGGUUUUCUAUGGCAACUUCGCCUAUUGCAUGACGGGCAAGAGUGGCUUUUUGGUGCUUGUCUAUGCCAACAUCACUGGAGCAAUCCUGGGCGUUUACUACGUUUGGGGCUUCCAACAAAACUGCCGGGACCAGAAGGCCUUGCAACAGCUUCAACUCUACUGUCGUGCUGCUGCCUUCGUCUUCUCCCUGCAGUUUCUGGCAGUUUGGAGCCUCAGUUUCAGCAGCGCGCUCUUCUUUAGCGGUCUCAUGGCGUCUCUCUCAAGUAUUAUUGGCGCCUGUUCUCUUUGCUCCACCCUGCCCAAGGUGAUCAAGACCCAAUGCUCCGCUUCCAUCAAUUUGGAGCUGCUGAUUGUGGGCAUUUGUUCCUCCAUGCUGUGGGUGAGCUGCGGCGUGAUGCUGUGGGACGCAUGGAUCCUUUUGCCGACGCUCUUUGGCUUGGUGAUCCAAUUGGCCUGCGGCUUCUUCGUCUUGCUGUUCCCCAGAGAGGAGCAAGGUGAUUUGAUUCAUCGUCCCUCACGGUCGCCGAUUUGUUGUUGGGUCCUCCCGAAAAACCACUGCGGCGAGCAGAACGAGGAUGCUUCCCCUGCGCCAAGCCGCGCGGCGGCUGCCGCCGCACAGAUCCGUGCGGCGCUGGCGCAGCGGCAAAGCGUUACCGCGCGGGGCACGGAGGACUACGGCAGCACGGCAGCUGGUGCGGGAACUGGCGGUACGUGUUGAGGCGUGAGGCAUGCAGCGCGUUGCUGGCGCCGCAGCAGCCGCAGAAACAAAAG